AUGUCUGAUCAAGAUAUUCAUCCAAGCAAAUACAGUGAACUGAAAAGUAUCCUCAAAUACCACAUUGAUUCAUAUAUUGCAUUAUAUCAGUUAAAAACGAAAAACGACGAAGAAUUAAACUCAAUUUACAAAAUGAUCAAGGCAGAAUUGAUUGAUUCGAAGAAAUGCCAUUCUCAAAUAAUUAUAAGAGAUAUUUUAAAUAUUAUUCCGUAUAAUAACCGCUAUACAAAGUCAUAUUUAUCACUUGCCAAACUCAUAUCUGAUGAUUAUCAUUUAGAAAAGGUACCAGAUGUCGAAGAUAUUUCUAGAUAUCUGUUUUAUAAAGAAUAUGGAAUUAAAUUAGACAAUUCUGACGCAGACGAAAAAAUGAAAUCCGUAAAUCUCCAUAUUCAUUCAGAAAACACAAUUUACAGAGCAAUUAUGCAUAAUAACUUAGAAGCAUUCGUCGCGUUCACAGAAAGAGAUGAUUUUAAUGAAGAUCAAAGACUUAAAAGCAGUUUAUAUCCAUUUGUCAAAAAAGGAUAUUCUUUACUUGAAUUAUGUUGUUAUCAUGGAGCUGUUGAUUGUUUCAAGAUAUUAAUAACCAAAUUUGACAAGGGGAUAACUAAAGAAUGA